AUGAUCGUCACCGUGCAGGCCUGCCUCUACGCCGCCCUCACCAUCAUCUCCCAUGUGAGCACGGCAGAGACAGCGGCAACAGCAGCAGCAGCAACUGAGGCGGCUACCGAAGCUACCAAACAGCAGCAGGGAGGAGGUGGUGGCUACGAGCAGGAGCGCGCCAUCGCGGAGAUUGUCGCGAAGAGCCUGGCGCUCUACUCCUCGCUCUUUGAGAUCUUCCGGCAGUCGAACCGCGUCGCCGGCCAGAUCUGCCAGAAUGCGCACAUGUUCACCGCCUGGCUGCUCUUCAGCGGCAUGCAACUGCUGCUCAACAGCAGCCGACAGCAGCAGCAGCAGGCGCAGUCGAGCGGGGCCGCUGCAGUGAGUCUGCAGCAGCAGCAGAGGCAGCUGCGCAGCACCUCCGGCCUGGCGAAUCCGCUGGCGAAGCACGCCCUCAAGCUGAUGGCCUCCCUCCUCGACGACCUCCACCUCGAGUUUGGCGACCAGAGCACGCGGGCCAUCUUCGGCUCGGAGGAGUCGGACGAGGCGAGCGGCGACUCGCUGGACGAGCUCAACUUUCUCAAGAAGUUUAGCUUCACCUGUCCGGCGGCGGCGGCGGGUACUUCUUCAACAACAGCCACCACCGCUGCUCCAGGAACUUUGGAGCAGAGCGGCAGCUCGAGCUCGGUCGCCUCUGGUGGAACGCUCAGUCCCAGCGCCUCGCAGACUGGCCUGGGAGGAAGUAGCAGCGGCAGCCAGACGACCUCGAAGGCGACCUUCAAGUACAACAAGUUCGGGCACUACAGCGCCUGGCAGCGCAUCGAGAUGAUCGUCUCCUCGCAGCUGAACGUCAUUCAGCUGCUCUUUAGCUACCUCUCCACCGGCUACCGACGCGCCUGCCUCAUUCGCACCACCAGCCUCGCUUCGGCGGCCAGUGUCGCUGCGGCUGCUGCUGCUGCUGCUGCUGCGGCUUCUGAGGGCUCNGAGUCGGGUGACGCCGAACUGGGCGAGACUGCCAGCACUGGAGGUGGCAGUGGUCGCAACUUCUCCAUCGAGGACCUCUACACGAUCCUCCUUGGCGAGGCCUAUCGCAACAGUGGACAGCAUCACCAUCAACAACAUCAGGAGCAGGAGGAGUCUCUGAAGCAAACGACCUCCACCGCUGCNCGGGCACUACAGCGCCUGGCAGCGCAUCGAGAUGAUCGUCUCCUCGCAGCUGAACGUCAUUCAGCUGCUCUUUAG